AUGAGAGAGCAGCAUGGGGUUUUUGGUGGCUCCCCAAGUUUCACGUCCACCAAACCUAACAGACUAGCACACACACCAAACUUAAGGGUGUCUUCGGGACAAGUACCAUGGUUUGUGGAAGGUUUGGUGGACGUGAAACUUGGGGAGCCACCAAAAACCCCAUGCUGCUCUCUCAUUCAGGGUCUUGUUGAUCUUGAAGCUGCAGUGUGCCUUUGCACCGCUCUCAAAGCUAAUGUGUUAGGCAUCAACCUCGAUGUGCCCGUCAAGUUGAACUUGUUACUCAACGUCUGUGGAAAGAAGACUCCUGAGGAUUUCAUCUGCGCUUAA